AACGCCAAGGCUGCCUUAUUCGAUGAUUUCAUUCGGUCAUAAAACACUAUUUGUCGCUAAUUGUAUUCGAUUUUGUUAAAAUUCAUUCGAUUUUGUAAAAAUUCAUUCGAUUAUGCGCUAAAUUCAUUCGAUUAUGCGCUAAGUUCAUUCGAUUAUGCGCUGAAUUCAUUCGAUUAUGCGAUGAAUUCAUUCGAUUAUGCGAUGAAUUCAUUCGAUUAUGCGAUGAAUUCAUUCGAUUAUGCGCUGUUUGCAUGUGAUAAAUUAUUCGAUGCGCUGAAUUCAUGCGCUAAAUUAUUCGAUGCGCUGUUUGCAUGCGCUAAAUUAUUCGAUGCGCUGUUUGCAUGCGCUAAAUUAUUCGAUGCGCUGUUUGCAUGCGCUAAAUUAUUCGAUGCGCUGAAUUCAUGCGCUAAAUUAUUCGAUGCGCUGUUUGCAUGCGAUAAAUUAUUCGAUGCGCUGAAUUCAUGCGCUAAAUUAUUCGAUGCGCUGUUUGCAUGCGAUAAAUUAUUCGAUAGUUUUGGCGCCUCAAUCAAAACUCAAGGAUUACAAAAUUAAUAUGGCUGACGAAAGAACACGAGCUAUAUUAAAGAAACUUGGAUUGAAACACCUUAUUUUGAAGUUUAGUGAAGAAAAUAUAACCGCUGAUUUGAUACCAAAGCUUUCUCUAAAGCAUUUCGAAAGCUUAGGUGUAACAGAUAAUGGAGUUAUAAUGAACUUGAGGGUAAAAUUUUGCAGCUUUGGUGGAAUUAAACCACAAAAGUUAAAGUGGGAAAAUGGAGGAGCUCCAAAAUUCCUAAUACCUGAAGAAGUCCUACAAAACCUACUCAAUGACGGCUGUCUUAUUUCGGAGAUCAGCAAUAUCUUAUGCGUUUCAGAAAGAACAAUUUAUAGAAGAAUGGAAGAGUAUGGGCUUAAAAAGCAUAACUUUACAGAAAUGUCUAAUGAAGAGUGUGAUUCAAUUCUGAGCACUGUGACUCAAGAGUUUCCUAAUUGUGGCGAAGUUAUGUUACGAGAACUGUUAAGGGAACGUGGGAUACGAAUUCAAAGGCAAGUGCUAAGAGAAAGUUUGCAGAGAAUUGAUAAAGAUGGUAUUCAGUUUAGAAGCAAAAGGAGGCUGCACCGUCGAAUCUAUAACGUGCAAGGGCCAAACCACUUGUGGCAUAUAGACACAAACCACAAAUUGGUGCGCUGGUAUUUUAUAACUACUGGGAUCGUUGAUGGGUUUAGCCGGUUACCUGUCGGUUUAUUUUGCACCGAUAACAAUAAAUCGGACACUAUUCUUCAAUGUUUUCAAUUCGCAGUCGGCGAAUAUGGUCUUCCAAGCAGAUUGAGGUGUGACAAAGGGAAGGAAAAUGUUCUCGUAGCAGAUUACAUGCUAGAAAAGCGUGGAACUGACAGGCGAAGUGUGAUAGCAGGUAAAAGUACACACAACCAAAGAGUGGAAAGACUUUGGAGAGACAUUUUUAGUGGAGUGUUGUCUUAUUUCUAUAACCUGUUUUACUUUAUGGAAGACAAAGGUAUUUUAGAUGCGACAAAUGGAUUGCAUUUGUCUGCAUUGCAUUAUAUAUAUAUGCCCCUAAUUGUUGCUAAGCUUGAAUGGUGGAGACAAGCAUGGUCUACUCACCGAUUGAGAACAGUCAACUCUUCUCCCAUCAGAUUGUGGGUUUCUGGACAGAUGACCAAUCCUGUGGGUAUUGCCCCUCAUGAGGUUGAUCAACUUUAUGGAGUAGAAGGCUAUUUAUCCACUGAAGAGGAAGAACCUGAGGAGAAUGAGAGACCAAUCUUUGUUUUUCAUCAGCAGAUAAGUCAAAAUUGUUUUCAAGAGCUUUCAGAAACUAUAACGGAUGAUUCUAAACAUGAGAACAGUGGAAUUAACAGCUAUUUACGGGCUCUGGAUAUAAUAGAAAAAUAUAUCCAAGAAUAAUAAUCUGACAUUGAAAGUUGUGAAUUUUGGUGUAUUUUGAUUGAUUUAUUUUUUAUGAGUAAUUUUUUGGAUACAUUCUCACUUCGCUUAAUGUGAACUGGAAAAUUAACUCAUCAAAAUUAAGUUAUGAACUGAGAACCAAGUUCAGAAUUUGUUUUGUUUUGAGGGCUCAGAAAGUUGUCUAUGUUACAUAUAUAUAAUCCAUGUAAAUAGUAUAUAUAUAUAUAUUAUUUUCUUCUUUACUUUUCUUCUUGUUGAAGAACUAUAUUAACUGGAUUUGAAUUGUUUUUUUGUUAUUAACAUGGUGUAUAUAUAUAAGAGCCUUUAUAUAUGUUGUAAGUUUUAUGUUCAAACAAAUUCUUCCUGUGGCACCCUGUAUCUUAAAGUAAUUUGAUUGCAUCUUAAAUGAUUGAAAAGUUCUUUUUAAAAUGCAUAAAGCUAUAUUUCUUUAACAAAAAAUAUUAUUAUUUAAAUUACAGAUUUCUAUGGGGAUACUAUCAUAUAAUACUGUCUUUCUUCUUUAGCAACAACUAAUAGUAUACAUGGCUUCUAUCGAAAAUAUUCUUACUGACAUAGGUUUAUUAAACCUUCUCCCCCGAUUUAAUGAAGAAAAGGUGGAUAUCAAUAUUGUUAUGGCUGCUACGGAUGAGGAUCUGAAACGUCUGGGAGUGCAAAGGUUGGGUGACAGGAUCCGUCUUAAGGACAUGUGUCGUCAAAAAAAUUCUAAUAGUAGGGAAGGCCCGUCCAGUAGAAUCAGAGAAGAGAGAAGAACACUAUUCGCGCCAUAUGCAAGACAGACAAAUGGAAACUGCAGCAGAAGCAGCAGCAGUAGUAAACCAAAUGGUAGAUCAAAAAAAGCAAAGAAAAGAACUUGGACAGGCCAGUUUGUCUGCUUAGCUGACAGAACAAGAACAAAAUUACCAACACCUUCAGAAAAGCAAGUGCUACAUAAUGCUGGCCUUGGUUUAAAAAAGAUUUCUUUUGAUAUUGAUGAUGAUGAGACUGACGUUUACACCAAAUUAAUGGCAGAUGCACAAAACAAAGAGAAUGGAGAAACUGAAGGUUUUCCAACUUUAAAACAUUGUGGCGGGUUUGAGUUAUUAAAAUGUAUCCCAAAUUGCAGGAUCCUUGAACCUUUGAAUUGCAAACUAAAUUCCAUAUCUUUGAAAGCUACCAUAGGACAAGGAAAGAUUUAUAUACGUCCAAUUCAAAAGUAAAUACAUAAGGAAAAGAUCUGUUGAGCAUUGUAUUUACAUCUACACUCAAUGAGUUUAUUUAUCAUUAUAAUUAGUUAUCAUUGCUUUCAGAUUGUGGAAGCCUUUCCUAUCAUGCUACACCUUUUCCGACCCAAUCCUAAUGCUACUUUCACUUUUAAAAAACUGGUCAACUUGCUUCAGCCAAAAUGGGCAGCUGAAGGGUCAAACGAACAUUACAGGCAGAAAAAGCUUUAUCCGUCAUUAAUGAAAUAUUUGAGGCAAGCACAUGGUGGAAAACGUUCGGGUGUUUCGCUUCCCGAUGUACUAAGGUUUGUCACUGGAAGUGAAGAAGAGCCUUUGUUAGGAUUUGCACUGGCCCCUUCGAUAAAAUUUGUUCCGGUGAUGGAAGAAGGUCGAUUUCUUCCGACAAGUAACACUUGCAUUAAUCAAUUGCAAUUACCAAUGGAAAGUAAUGCUAUUUCCCUUCCAGACGAAAACGCUCUGUUCGGUUUAUAUGACUUAGCCUUUUCUAGUCGAUUUUUUGGACAAAUUUAAAAGUCGUCGACAGUUUUAUUAUUUAUGCCUAUUAGGAACUUAACUCUUGUGAUUAAAUGCAAACAUUUAUGCUUUCUUUCGUUACCUUUUCACUGAUUCAAAACUUAUUUUAUAAUUGGUAGUUGUUUACUUGUAAACUUCGUUUUGUUUACGGUGUCCCUUUCCAAAGGGACACUUAAUUUUUGUUUUAUUCAGAGAGAAUAUUUUUUAUAUUUUAGCUCUUAUCGUUUGUAUUCAUUUUCUUAUAUUAUAGGAGAAUAAAUGUUCCGUAGUUUC